GCUACGUAAUAUUUUUCCCACUAUAUGGAGAGUUCGCCAUGCAUGCGCUUUGGGAACCACUGCUGUAGGUAACUUUUACACCAUGGAUUUAGGAGGGCUUUCAACAAGUUUUAGGGCUCGUUUAUCUUCUGGAACGUGAUUCGAAUUUAUUCUGUGAUUUGUUUGAGCUUAUUAAGCAAACGGCUGCGGGAAAGACUUUGAAGAGGUUUUUAUCAUUCAUUUAUCGCACGAUCCGGAGCAGAUCCCGCUGGCUCUUAUGGGAAUUAAACACUCCUCCCGCUGUUUGCUCCUUAGGAGAAAAAUGGCGGAUACGGAAAGCACUGAGCAACAGCCCCUGAGUGCCGCCCCAUCCCAGUCGGUCCAGCCUUCUCCUCUGCCCAAACCAGUGUCAUCGGUCCAUCAUGCCCAGCGGCCCACACACCCGUCCCUCGCGCCUCACACCCCUCACUCAGCCAGCUUACCCAGCUGCCCCGGCAGAGGAAAGAUGGCCAAGUUCCUCAACCCCGAUGAGAUGACCUCCAGGGAUUACUAUUUUGACUCGUAUGCACACUUCGGUAUUCAUGAGGAAAUGCUAAAGGAUGAAGUGAGGACGAUGACAUACAGAAACUCUAUGUACCAUAACAAACACAUCUUCAAGGACAAGAUCGUGUUGGACGUGGGGAGUGGUACUGGCAUCCUCUCCAUGUUUGCUGCCAAGGCCGGAGCCAAGCACGUGUAUGGGAUUGAAUGCUCAAGUAUAUCAGAAUACUCUGAGAAAAUCAUCAAGGCCAAUCAUCUGGACAGUGUUAUAACCAUCUUUAAAGGGAAAGUGGAAGAGACGGAGCUGCCGGUAGAUCAGGUGGACAUUAUCAUCUCAGAGUGGAUGGGCUACUGCCUUUUUUAUGAGUCCAUGUUGAACACGGUCAUCUACGCCAGAGAUAAGUGGCUGAAACCUGGAGGUCUGAUGUUCCCAGACAGGGCUGCUCUUUAUGUGGUGGCCAUUGAAGACAGGCAGUACAAGGACUUCAAGAUUCACUGGUGGGAGAACGUUUAUGGUUUUGACAUGACCUGCAUCAGGAACGUAGCAAUGAAAGAACCACUGGUGGACAUCGUGGACUCAAAGCAAAUGGUAUCCAACGCCUGCCUGAUCAAGGAAGUGGACAUCUACACAGUGAAGCCAGAGGAACUGUCCUUCACCUCCUCCUUCUGUCUGCAGAUCCAGAGGAACGAUUACGUCCAUGCUUUGGUCACCUACUUUAAUAUCGAAUUCACCAAGUGUCAUAAAAAGACUGGCUUCUCCACAGCACCAGAUUCCCCGUACACACACUGGAAGCAGACAGUGUUUUAUCUGGAGGAGUAUUUGACUGUGAAAAGAGGAGAGGAGAUAGUCGGCACCGUCAGCAUGAAGCCAAACGAGAAGAACGUGCGUGAUCUGGACUUUACCUUUGAGCUGGAUUUUAAAGGUCAGCUAUGUGAGGCCGCUAUCGCUCACGACUAUAAGAUGCGCUAAGCAUCCAGCAGAGGCGAGAGACGGUUCUUGACAGCAUUCAGAGAAGUGGAUGCAGGAGACGCUCCAGAUCAUAGCUACAGCAACACAGAGAGAAAGACCAGGACAUACGUUAUUCCUGGGAGUCUUGCCACUGUUUUUUGGAGCGGGGUGGCACUUCUAGCAAUAGUGUCCUUGCCUUCGCCAACUAUAGCCUGCACUAAUACGCCAUCUCUCCGACUGUUCAGGGGCCGACUAUGACUGCACCCCACUGCAAACAAAAGAAUGUCAUGGGCUUAUGAAUGUUAAGUGUUAGUUUAUGGUUACUUUGCUUUUUAUAUUAGGAGUGUGAGUUCAUGUUGAAGGUG